AUGAAAUAAAUAUAAGAGAAGACAUAUAAAGAAUUUACAGAUAUUAAACAUCAUAUAGGAACACUAUAGAGUCAAUAACUUUCAGAUGAAGAAUUAUCACUUCUUUAUGAGAGAUUGAAAUAUUAAUUUACAAAUCUUAAUUAACAAGUUGCAGUUACUUAAACUCUGAAAGCAAGUAGUGAGCCACAACCAAUUCAUAAGAGAUAAAAAAUAAAGAGAGAGAAACCAUUGAUUUAAUAAUAAGGGAAAUCGAUAGCACUACCAAAGAUUUUGAAACAACCUUCUACAGAAUAGAGAACAAAGAAGACAAAAGGGAAAUUGAAAUCAGCUCAUAUAUAUUAAGCGAAUGUAUUAAAUAGAGAAUUAAGAUUAAAUCCAUUUUCGGAUUUACCAACAAUAUUAGAUGAUGACUUAAAUAAGGGAGUUAGUAAUUUAAUAUAAUCUGGUUUGAUACCAAGAGAUGUUGAUGUAGGUCCAGCAUUUAAGAGAGGAGAUGAAUUAUUAUCUAUAUCUUAAGUAUAAGUAUAGAAUCCAACAGAGAAAAGUAAGUAUUACAACACAGGAUAAUCAGAAAAUCUAUAAAAGUAUAAAGUAGCUCCUUAGAAGUAAGUAGCAAAAUAAAUAGCAGAUUAUUCUUCAUCAUUUGUAGAGAGAUAAUCUAUUCCAAGAGAAAAAGUGUAAUAGACAAAAGUUGUAAGAAAAGCGAAGUAUAUAAUAGAGAUCAAAAAUGGACAUUAUGUACCAGAUUUUCAUUAUCAAAUAAGACAUUUAAUGAUUUGGGGAGGGAUUAUGCAUAUUUUAAAGAAGUUAGAAAAGAUUGCAUCAGGGUAAUUAGAUGGAGAUAGAAUAGCUUAAUUAGCAUAAUCUUAAUUCAAGGUUCAUUUAUUUGAAUUAUAUGAAUGUUAUAUUUCAAGACCAAUAAUGGAGAGAUUGUAUAUAUUAAAUAAGAAAUAAUUUUCAGUUGAUAGUGCAAUAUUAAAGAUAUAGUCAACUGUGAGAAUGUUCGUUGCAUCUAGGAAGUAUAGACAUUAAAAAAGGAUUGUUUAAAAGGUUAUUAGGAUAUAAAAAGAAUUUAGAUUAAAAUAAACAUAUGUUUAUACAAUUAAUCAAAUUAAAAAGAAUAUGGGAUAAUUGAUUAGUACAUUAGAAAAUAGAUAAAAGUAAUUUCUAUUAGAAGAUUUAAAUUAAAAGAGAAUUGAGAUUCAUAUUCCAUCAUAUUCAAUUAAAUAAUUCUAAAGACAAUCAAUGAGUCAUUUCAAAAAUAGAGAAGGUUUAUAAUUGACAAGGCUCUUUGCUUUAAAAGAUCCAAAUGUAAGUAUUAUAUAUGUAUGUACACCUCUUUAAGAAGAAAUUAUGGCUUAUUUCUAUAAAUUAUUAGAAGUAGCUGGUAUAAAUCCUGAAGGGAGAUUAUUUUUUAUUCAUCCAGAAAAUAUUAAUAGAUUUCCAUAACAUUAUUCAUUAUCAUUAUUGUUAUAUCUAAGUCCAAAAGCUAUUCAUUAAAUUUCUGAAUUAAUAAAAGGAUAAUUAUCAUAUAUUGUUCCAAUGAGAGUAGGAAAAGAAGAGUUUUUAAUUGCUGAAUAUCUUAAAACAAACAUAUAUUCUGGUCCUUAUGAAAUUAUUGAGAAAUACUCUAAGAAAUCUGAAGCUAUAGAAUUAUUUAGAUAAUUAUCAUUUCCUGUUGCUCCAGAAUAUCAUAAAUUUAUUAGUAAAGAUGAUUUUGUCGAUAAAUUAACUGUACUGAUUAUGAAAAAUCUGACAGUAUAAAAAUGGAUGUUUAAAAUAGACAUUGAAUUUAAUGGUAGAGGAACAGCAUGGUUUACAUUAGAAGGAGUUAAAUAAUUUAUAGAAAUUAAAAAGUUUCCCCAUAGUAUUGAAUUUAAAGUAUUAAGAGAAUUAGUAUAAACAGUAAAAUUAUUAUAAUAUAAUCUUAGUUAUUACCAAUAAAAACAGUUUUAGCAUUUCCAUAAAUGUUUACAUUUGAUGAAUAUUUAGAUAAUUUCAUAAAAAAUGGUGGAAUAGUUGAAGCUUAUCCAAAUGCUUCAAAAGUGUAAACAAUUAAUAUUUAAGUAAACUUGGAAAAUUAAGGAACUUAUUAAAUAUUGAAUACAUCUACAAGUAUAGUAAUAAAAGAGUAUUAAUAUAAGAAUAUACAUUAGAAUGUGUAAAGUUGGUUGUAUAUAUCCUUAGAAUGUGUUAAAUUUGAAUGUAGAUUCCCUCAUAUAGCCAUUAGUAGAGGAAUUAUAUAAGUAAAAUGUAUUUGGUUAUUUCACAUUAUCUUUAUUAUCAUUUAACGGAGCUUUCUAUACAAAGUCUUUGAAAUUUGGAAUGGAUGAAUAUAUUGGAGCUACAAUAUUAGCAACUGCUAUGGACACUGAUUAAUUCACAUAUAUCCCAUUUGUUUAUCAUCCAGGAAUAGCAGAAUAGAAAUUUAAUGAUUUAUUUAUCAAAUGUAGAAAGGAAGGAAUUUCUUUUGAUAUUGAAAAAAAGGUUGGAACAUUAAUAUGGCUAUCAGAUCAAAUAGAAAAAGGAGUUCUAUCUUUGUUAUGUUUAGGUGCUCCAAAGAAAGCAGUUAAAUUAACUACUGAUGCAUUAAAUUUCUUAUAAUAAUUUGGUGGAAAUAUUAUGAAAACAAAUAAUCAUUAAAAACAGGACACUUUUUACUUUAUAGAUAUAGUUAGUAGAUUAAGAUAAUUAAAUAGUGAAGGUUAAUAAUGA